AUGGGACAGCCAUCGUUUUCGGCGUCCAACGCCAUCAUCUACCUCACCUAUGGCGUCUUCCUGAUUACUGGGACGAGCAUUGCCUGGACCAUGAGGUUCCAGGGCAAGAAAGACUUUCUCUCCGGGAACGGGACUCAGUCCGCUUUCCCGCUGGCUCUCAACUUCAUCGCCUCUUCACUCGGCGCCGGAAUCCUCUUCGCCUACCCGGAACUCGCCACCUUCGCCGGCGUGCAGGGCGUCGUCGUCUACGCGCUCGCCUCUUCCUUGCCCAUGCUGCGCUACGGCACCGUGGCGAUGCUUUACCUCAGCUUCAUGACGCUCGUGACGCUCUUCCUGUACAUGGUGGCCGAGCUGUCGGCCCUGGGACAGGUCAUCGGGGCCCUGACGGGACUGGAUAAGUUACCCGUCAUCGUUGUUCAGUGCGUGGUCACGACCAUUUACACCUCGCUCGGGGGCUUUAAAAUCUCCUUCCUCACCGACGUCAUCCAGGGCGCCAUGGUUGUCUGCCUCAUCAUCGUCGCCACCAUCACCGUCGGGGUCAAGACGGAGAUCAAGCCGGAGCUCAUCGAUUCGUCGGGCCUCACCAAGCCCUCGCUCCUCGGCUGGCAGCUCGUGUACAUUCUUCCCGUCGCCAUCCUGACAAACGACUUCUUCCUGUCACACUUUUGGCUGCGGACCUUUUCGUCAAAGUCGGACAAGGACCUGUGGAUCGGCGUGUCCGUGGCCAUGGUGACCAUCCUGUGCGUCCUCACGCUCGUCGGCUGCACGGGGCUCAUCUCCGCCUGGUCGGGAGCGUGGCCUGGCAACCCUGCGCAACCGGGGUCUCUGGCUUUGUUCCUCUUGCUCGGGCGGCUGCCCAACUGGGUCGUCGGCAUCGUCCUCAUCAUGGUCGUCAGUCUCAGCACUGCCGCCUUUGACAGCCUUCAAUCGGCCAUGGUGUCGUCGGCGUCAAACGACUUCUUCCGCAACCGCCUUGGCAUCUGGUACAUCCGCGGCAUGGUCGUCAUCGUCAUUAUUCCCGCCGUCGUCCUGGCCCUCAAGGCCUCGUCCAUACUGCAAAUCUUCCUCGUCAGCGACCUCCUCUCGGCGGCCACCAUCCCUGUCCUCUGCCUGGGCCUCAGCGACCGCCUCUACUGGUGGCGCGGCUUCGAGGUGGUUGUCGGGGGGCUCGGCGGCAUUCUGGCCGUCUUCAUCUUCGGCACUGUAUACUUUGGCGACGCGCACGAGGGCGGCAAGCUCCUCCUCCUCCAGAGCGGCCUCUACUCCAACGACUGGAGUGUCUUUGGCGCGUUUGUUGCCGCCCCUGUGGGAGGCGUCGUCUCUGGCUUCAUCGCCCUCGCCCUGCGCUUGGCCUUUCAGCUUCUCAAGGCCAGGGUCAGGGGCGAGCGGUUCGACGCCUUGGAUCGGCCCAUCGAUGCUCACGUCCCCGUCGCCGACGCAGAUGUACAGCCCGAGGCUGUAGCGACCCUGAAAGCGGGCAAGUUUUUCUGA